ACCGAGAAGAGACUGGCAUUCUGUUCGGGAGCAGCGUGUAGACCUUCGGAUAUCCUGCAGUUCUGCCAUAUAACCGUUUAUUUUUGAAAGCACAUAGAUGUAAUUAUAUACACCUAUAUGUAUAUUUAUGUUUGUGUGUGUAUAUAUAUAAAUAUGUAAAUAGAGACCAUUUUCUUUUUUUAAGGACACAACUGUCGUUUUAUUUUUUUUUAAUUGGACAAAAAAUGUAAUUCCUGUGUCCUCUAAACAACGCCAUCCACAAAUCAUGGCCUGGGUUCAGCAGAGCUGCAGAGAUUCCAGGUGUGCUAACCCCUGACCUUUGACACCAGCCCUGACCUUACACCCCCAACAAACUGAAGACUGGCAUUGAAGGUCACCCCUGGACUGGACCGACACUCCCCAUGGAGACACGACAGCAUCACUCACUACUAGAGCUGAGACACGACAGCAUCACUCACUACUAGAGCUGAGACACGACAGCAUCACUCACUACUAGAGCUGAGACACGACAGCAUCACUCACUACUAGAGCUCAGACACGACAGCAUCACUCACUACUAGAGCUGAGACACGACAGCAUCACUCACUACUAGAGCUCAGACACGACAGCAUCACUCACUACUAGAGCUGAGACACAACAGCAUCACUCACUACUAGAGCUGAGACACAACAGCAUCACUCACUACUAGAGCUGAGACACAACAGCAUCACUCACUACUAGAGCUGAGACACACGACCUUCUGCCUGGGAGUGGAGAAACACAGAGGGGGAGAGAAAGGGAACAAAAUUCCAAUAAAAGCAAACAAAAUAUCUUCUUUGGCAAAAAAUUGAAGAAAGCAAUUACAUAAUAAUAAUAAUAAUAAUAAUAAUAAUAAUAAUAAUAAUAAUAAAAUAAAAAGAAAGUAAGAAAAAAAGAAAAUAUGGAAUAAAAAACCAAAAAGUUAUUUCAUAUAUAUAAGGAAGGAUGGGUGAUUUAGCGAACAGCGCGGUGGGGUUCUACCCGAAAGCGCAGCGGGGGGGCAGUGAGGCUGAUGCUAGUCAUGCCGGGGGUUUCGGGUGCAGUCUGGAGGAGCUGCGGGAGCUCAUGGAGCUGCGGGGGCCGGAGGCGCUGCAGAAAGUGGAGGAGAGCUACGGGGACGUGUACGAACUCUGUCGUCGACUCAACAGCUCGCCCACGGACGGUCUCUCUGAUAACCCCUCAGAUCUUGAGAAGAGAAGGCAGGUGUUUGGUCAGAACUUCAUCCCUCCCAAGAAAGCAAAGAGUUUCCUGGCCCUGGUGUGGGAGGCCCUGCAAGAUGUGACUCUGAUCAUCCUGGAGAUCGCAGCCAUUAUCUCCCUGGGACUGUCUUUCUACCAGCCCCCAGGGGGGGAGACUGAGGUCUGUGGGGAUGUCUCUGGAGGUGCAGAGGAUGAGGGUGAGGCGGAGGCAGGGUGGAUCGAGGGGGCAGCGAUCCUGCUCUCUGUGGUCUGUGUGGUUCUGGUCACAGCGUUCAACGACUGGAGCAAAGAGAAGCAGUUCCGGGGGCUGCAGAGCCGCAUCGAGCUGGAGCAGAAAUUCACCGUCAUCAGAAACGCAAACCUUGUCCAAAUCCACGUCGCUGAGAUCGUAGUGGGAGACAUCGCACAGGUCAAAUACGGUGACCUGCUCCCUGCGGACGGGGUUGUGAUCCAGAGCAACGACCUGAAGAUCGACGAGAGCUCCCUGACCGGAGAAUCAGACCACGUGAGGAAAUCCGUGGAGAAAGAUCCCAUGCUGCUGUCUGGAACCCACGUGAUGGAGGGCUCUGGGAGGAUGGUAGUCACUGCUGUGGGCGUGAACUCUCAGAGUGGGAUCAUCUUCACCUUACUGGGAGCGGGGGAAGGAGAGGAGGAGGAGGAGGAGAAAAAGGAGAAGAAAGGAAAGCAGCAGGAUGGAGUAAUGGAAAACAAUCUCAACAAAGCUAAGAAACAAGAUGGCGCGGUUGCUAUGGAGAUGCAGCCCCUGAAGAGUGCGGAGGGGGGGGAGGUGGAGGAAGAGAAGAAGAAGAAGAGCAAUGUGAACAAGAAAGAGAAAUCCGUCUUACAGGGCAAACUCACCAAACUGGCAGUCCAGAUCGGGAAAGCAGGUCUGGUCAUGUCUGCGAUCACAGUGAUAAUCCUGGUGCUGUACUUUGUGAUCGAGACCUUCGUGAUUGAGGGCAGGGUGUGGCUGACGGAGUGCACCCCAGUUUAUGUCCAGUACUUUGUCAAGUUCUUCAUUAUCGGGGUGACUGUGCUGGUCGUGGCCGUGCCUGAGGGGCUUCCCCUGGCUGUCACCAUCUCGCUGGCAUACUCCGUCAAGAAAAUGAUGAAGGAUAACAACCUGGUGCGUCACCUGGAUGCGUGUGAGACGAUGGGCAACGCCACGGCCAUCUGUUCUGACAAGACGGGCACACUGACCACUAACCGCAUGACAGUGGUGCAGUCCCACGUUGGUGAGGUCACCUACCGGGAGGUACCGGGCCCCGGGGUGCUGAGCCCUGCGAUACUGGACGUGCUAGUCCCCGCCAUCGCCGUCAACAGCGCCUACACCACCAAGAUACUGCCCCCAGACCAGGAGGGGGGUCUCCCGAAGCAGGUGGGCAAUAAGACAGAGUGCGCUCUGCUGGGCUUCGUGCAGGACCUGCACAGAGACUACCAGGCUGUGAGGGUUCAGAUCCCUGAGGAGAAGCUGUACAAGGUCUACACCUUCAACUCAGUGCGCAAGAGCAUGAGCACCGUGGUGUGCCUACCCGAGGGGGGGUUCAGGCUGUACAGCAAGGGGGCCUCCGAGAUCAUCCUCAAGAAGUGCUCCAGAAUCCUCACUGCCUCCGGGGAGCCCCGUUUAUUCUGCCCUCGCGAUCGUGACGAGAUGGUGAAGAAGGUGAUCGAGCCGAUGGCGUGUGAGGGUCUGCGUACGAUCUGCAUCGCUUACCGAGACUUCACGGGAACGCCGGAGCCAGACUGGGACAGCGAGAGCGACAUCGUGGGGGAGCUGACCUGCAUCUGUGUGGUGGGGAUAGAGGACCCUGUGAGGCCAGAGGUACCGGAAGCGAUCAGGAAGUGCCAGCGCGCGGGGAUCACAGUGAGGAUGGUGACCGGAGACAACAUCAACACAGCGAGGGCCAUCGCAGCAAAGUGUGGAAUCAUACAGGCAGGGGAGGAGUUCCUGUGUAUUGAUGGCAAGGAGUUCAACAGGAGAAUCAGGAACGAGAAGGGAGAGAUCGAACAGGAGCGCAUUGAUAAGAUUUGGCCGAAGCUGCGAGUUUUGGCACGCUCCUCACCCACUGACAAACACACCCUGGUGAAAGGUAUCAUUGACAGCACCGUGCUGGAGCAGCGGCAGGUUGUCGCGGUAACGGGAGAUGGCACCAAUGAUGGUCCGGCUCUGAAGAAGGCUGACGUGGGCUUUGCCAUGGGUAUCGCUGGCACAGACGUGGCGAAGGAGGCCUCUGACAUCAUCCUGACGGAUGAUAACUUCAGCAGCAUCGUGAAGGCGGUGAUGUGGGGCCGCAACGUCUAUGACAGCAUCUCCAAGUUCCUGCAGUUCCAGCUCACCGUCAACGUGGUGGCUGUCAUCGUGGCUUUCACUGGGGCCUGCAUCACACAGGACUCCCCCCUAAAGGCAGUGCAGAUGCUCUGGGUGAAUCUUAUCAUGGACACGUUCGCCUCCCUCGCUCUCGCCACCGAACCCCCCACCGAGUCCCUGCUGCUGCGCAGACCGUAUGGGAGGAACAAGCCGCUCAUCUCCAGGACCAUGAUGAAGAACAUCCUGGGGCACGCUGUCUACCAGCUCACCAUCAUCUUCACACUGCUGUUUGUAGGUGAGCUGAUCUUUGAUAUCGACAGCGGUCGGAAUGCCCCCCUGCACUCCCCCCCCUCGGAGCACUACACCAUCAUCUUCAACACCUUCGUACUGAUGCAGCUCUUCAACGAGAUCAACGCGCGCAAGAUCCAUGGUGAGAGGAACGUCUUCGACUCCAUCUUCAGGAACCCCAUCUUCUGCAGCAUCGUGCUGGGCACCUUCGUGAUGCAGAUCGUGAUCGUGCAGUGGGGGGGGAAGCCAUUCAGCUGUGCACCCCUCAAUGUGGAACAGUGGCUCUGGUGCCUGCUUGUGGGAGUCGGGGAGCUGCUGUGGGGGCAGCUCAUCUCCUCCAUCCCCACCAGUCACCUGAAGUGUUUGAAGGAGGCGGGUCACGGGCCAGGCCAGGACGAGAUCAGCGACGACGAGCUGGCUGACGAUGAGGAUGAGAUCGACCACGCGGAGAGGGAGCUGAGGAGAGGACAGAUCCUGUGGUUCAGAGGAAUGAACCGCAUCCAGACACAGAUGGAGGUAGUGAGCACGUUCAAGCGGAGCGGUUCUUUCCAGGGUGCUGUGAGGCGCCGCUCCUCCGUCCUCAGUCAGCUCCAUGAAAUCCGGGUGGUGAGAGCGUUCCGUAGCUCGGUGCACGAGGGUGUUGAGAAGAAGCCGGACACACGGAACUCCAUCCAUAACUUCAUGUCGCUCCCCCAGGAGUUCCUCCUGAACGAUUUCAUCCACAACAUCCCCCUGAUCGACGACACGGACCUAGAGGAGGAGUCGGAGCUGUCAGUCAAGCACCAGUACCACCACCCCCCCCUGCCAUCCCUCACCCCCUCCUCCCCGAACAAGAACAACAACGCCAUCGACAGCGGUGUCUAUCUUACCCCCACGACACACACCAGGGUUUCCAGCCCUGCUAGCCCCCUGCAUAGUGUGGAGACUUCACUAUAACAUCCAGAACACAACAGACUCUCUCACGUGUCUCUACGUCACCCAGGCAGUCUCUCGCUCUUCCUUUGUCUCUGCAUCACCCAGGAAGUCUCACUGUGUCUCAACAUCACCCACCAAACCGAUAACGUCUCUAUAAUGUCAAGCAAAGGAAAAGACUGACAUUUCUACAUCCACCAAAGAAAGAGACACCAAACAACAGAGACUCAGCAAACUAACAGAGCCUCAGCAACCUAACAGACUCGUGUUCUGUUUCUUAUUGCUAGACUAAUGAGGAGCAGCUUAACACGAUCGAAUCAAGGCUCGAGUUGGGGAAGAGUGGUAUGGUGAUGCGUAAUGUGUCUCAUGUAAAUCGGUCAUUGGUCAUCUCACUCGUCUCGCCAUCUCCGUCAGUCCUUGUAUGAUUGGUCAAGCCAAUAAUAAAGACAUCUGAAUUUGAUAGAAAGUUAAUUAUGCUUAAAUAUGUCCUGAAUGUAUCUUUUCUUUUUAAAUGGCCACAAAUUCCUAAUUGUCAAGUAGAAGCACUAGCAGUAAUUCACUGUAGAGCAGGGUCCGAAAAGCUAAUUUUAAAAUGUUACCGCUCCAUGUUUCAUAAGCCAAGUUUUGCCAAAGUAUAUCCAGUCCACAGAAACAUGUUGAAAACUUUAACAUGUAUGAACACCGGUCUCUCGCUCUGUUCUUGUUUGAUAUGGAGUGUGAGAUAUCUGAACAAGAUGAUGGGGGGAAAGUAAAUCACUCUAUUGUUGUAGCAUUUUUCUUGUGAACGUUUAUUUAUGUUAUUAUUUCUGUUAUGAAUUUUAAUGCAAUGUAUUUAUUUUGGCGUGUCUCUAUGUUUGUUGCGUACGUCACAAAAAAAACAAAUCUCAUUGUGAUUGGUUCUGAACUGUACUGACUAAUAACCGAGCCACAAAACAAUUCAAGUGCCAGAUUCAAAUGGAGCCCUCAUUGCUAUUUGUUUGUUGGGGGGUGAGGACCUUUUGUUAAACUGUAAGCGAUGCCACUAUUCGUAUUGCCAAGCCAGGGCUCUCUGCUUCUGUGCCAGGAUUAGUUUCAGUUUUACUUUUUAACAUUUAACACGUCAUUAAGAUAGUGACAGUUUUGAGAUCAGCUGCUAGGAAGUGGACAAGCACUGAAGGUCACGUUCGCAAAAAGAAAGCAAUCAGUGAGAAGGAAAUCUAUCAGCUGUUUCAGUAUCAGCCCACCCCCCUUUGUUUCAUUGUGCACACAUCUGUUGUGUUCCCCAUUGUCCUCGUAUCUCUGUAUUAAAAUAUGAUACUAAUAGAAGCGCCGUUUCACCCUAUAGAAUAUUUCAAAUACAACAUACUGACGAGGAGUUUCCAAAGUCAGGAUGUCUCAAAGGCCGCCGCCUUCUGCUUAGCUUUUCAAAAAGGUUUCCGUCUUUUUCUGUCUGAAAACGUUUUUAAAAAAAUAAAGACCCCCCCCCCACACACACAUUAUACAGAUGCAAGAAGCUUGAACAUUGUGUUUACAGAGUACUAUUAUAUAUAAUUAGUAAUAUAAAUACUACUCUGUAAACACAAUUUCCAAGCUUCGUGCAUCCAAAUGUAGAUAACGUCACCAAAAAACACACGAGAAAAUGUAUCAUGUAUGUAAACAAGCGAAGCAUCUCAGUAAUAAAGAAUUGCCUCAGGCAGUAUAUUACACACACCACGUGCAUCGUUUUCGUGUUUUUUAUAAACAUAGAAUAUAUUCAUUUUCAAUGUCGCACACAGUUUUCUUUUUGUAAAGAAAUGAAAAAAAAAAAAAAAGUUCAACGCUUUACAUUUCUUUUUCGCGAGAGGUUGCGAUGAAAACGCGCCACUUGAGUAUUAUAUUUAAUUGUAUUAACAAUACAAAUAUUAGAAAUGUAUAAAAAAAAAAAUGAUGUUCAGAUUAUCAAAUAUAUGAAAUUUACCUGCCUGUUAACUAAGAAUAAGUUGUAUCUAUAUAUAGGAACGAUGAAAGCACCUGUAACCCGUAGCUAACUAGAAGGGGGAAUUCUAAGACUUACUAGGAAGAAAUCAACACUUUUUGUCUGUAAAAAAAAAAAAAAAAAAAAAAAAUCAAAGUAUUCUA